AUGACUAUAUCUCUCAAUGAAUUGGUUAACUGGCUGCAUAUCACUUCAUUUGAAUUGUCUAUUCACAUAAUUGGAAUUAUUUUCAGUUUAAGUAUAGCUGUUCUUUGGGACGAAAAGAUUUUGGAUAUAUUACUGCAGACAAAUCAAAGGGAAGUAAUUUUAUGGUGGAUUUUUUUGCCGUUAUGGUGCGCGGAUGCUCUUGUUUCUUAUUUGAAUCUUGUGAUGCUGUUUAGACGUAUACAUUAUCACAAAAUUGUCCGUCAAAAUCUUCAUCAUUAUGGUCUACGUCCUGACUAUCUACCUCCACCACCAUGGUUGUCUUUAAUCUUAGAUACUACCUACAAAUUGAUUUUUGAUUUUUGUAUUUUUGUUUUCGAAUUAUUUCUUUUUCGAAAACUAGUUUAUUCAAAUCAAAGUAGUUUGACUUACAGUACAGUUUUUUCUCCACUUAUUUGUGUUUUAUCAUUGGUACUUUUGUCAAUAUGUAUAAAAACGUGCAAAAACAAUGGUAGUUAG